AUGACUGAUUCGAAAACUACCGGUGUAUACCGAAUUCCUCCUUUCUACUAUUUGCAUGUUCUCGAUCAGAACACAAAUGUAACUCGACUUGAAGUAGGUCCUAAAACUUUUGUUAAACAAGAUCAUGAAAAAGUUUUACUCGGACCUGAAGGCAUGUUAAUUAUUCCUCCACGGCAUUAUGCUGUUAUUGAGAAUCCAGCAGUUCGAGAUAAAAAUGGCCAAGUUGUUAUAGAUGCUAAUGGUCAAGUUAAAUUAUUGCAUUCCGAUGUUGAUAUUCGUUUUGCACAGGAACCAUUUCCGCUUUACCCGGGAGAAACUCUCAAACAAAAUGUUACACCAUUGAAAGUUAUUGAACCAAAUUGCGCACUACGUCUUCGCGCAGUUCUUGACUUCACCAAUGAUCACAGUGAACUAGUCCGAGCUGGAGACGAAUUUCUUUUCCAGGGACCUGGCACUUAUUUCCCACGUAAAGAAGUUAGCGUAGAAGAACAAAUUAAAGCUGUUAUUCUUAAACCAAAUGAAGCCGUUCGUUUACGUGCUAAGAAAGAAAUGACAGAUCGAAGUGGUGUAGCACGAGAAACCGGCGAAGAAUGGCUUAACCGAACCGUCGGUUCAUAUUUACCAUUGGCCUAUGAAGAAGUUGUUUCGACUGUCAAAGCCUAUGUACUUACGGAUAAAAAAGCUCUUCAUGUUCGCGCUUUACGUACGUUCACUGAUCUGUUCAAACGCAAGCGUCUCCAUGGUGAAGAAUGGUUAGUCUAUGCAAGUGAUAGUGAAACCUAUAUUCCUGAUGUUUAUGAAGAAGUUGUCGGCGUUGUGGCAGUGACAGUAUUGAACUCUCGUCAAUAUUGUGUUAUUGUGGAUCCAGUUGAUGCCGAUGGUAAACUUCAACUUGGAAGAAAAAAACUAAUUAAAGGUGAAAAAACAUUCUUUCUUCAACCUGGUGAAAAAUUAGCAAAUGGUAUUCAAGAUGUUUACGUACUUGAAGAAGACGAAGGUCUUAUUCUUCGUUGUACCGAAUCGUUUAAAGAAGACGACAAAGUCUUACGAAACCCUGGUGAUCGUUGGAUGGUUCGAGGACCUAAAGAUUAUAUACCGGCUGUUGAAGCCGAGGUUGUACUUCGACGUAAAGCAAUUCCAUUGGAUGUUAACGAAGGAAUCUAUGUUCGUGAUGUUAAAAGUGGUAAAGUCCGUUCCGUCAUUGGCACAACAUAUCUAUUAACUGAAAAUGAAGAACUUUGGGAGAAAGAUUUACCAGCACAAGUCGAGCAAUUACUUGUUUUAGACGCUCGACACUUCGAAGAUAAAUCGGGUGCAUCAGCUGUUGUUCCCCCAAGAAAUAAAUCAAAAGUUGUUAGCUACCGUGUACCACACAAUGCUGCUGUACAAAUCUAUGACUUUAAAUCUAAAAAGGCCCGCAUUGUCUUUGGCCCUGAACUCGUUAUUCUUGGCCCUGAUGAACAAUUUACAGUUUUGAAUUUAUCCGGUGAAAAACCUAAAGUCCCAAACAAAAUUCGAGCAAUCUGUCUUCUAUUGGGACCAGAAUUCUCAAGUGAUAUUGUUACAAUUGAAUCAAGUGAUCAUGCUCGUCUUUCACUUAGACUUUCAUAUAAUUGGCAUUUUGAAGUCAGUGAUCGUGAAGAUAGCAAAGAAGUUGCAAAACUCUUUUCGGUUCCAGAUUUCAUUGGAGACUUUUGCAAGGCUGUUGCUGCGAAGAUUCGUGGUGCCGUUGCUGGCAUUUCAUUCGAUGAUUUUCAUAAGAAUUCAGCAAAAAUUAUUCGCGCAUCAGUCUUUGGUCUUGAUGAAAACAAACGAGUUAACAGACGUCUCGUAUUUCCACAAAAUAACUUGGUUUUAACUUCGAUUGAUAUUCAAAGUGUCGAGCCUGUUGAUCAACGGACACGUGAUGCACUUCAAAAGAGUGUUCAAUUAGCUAUUGAGAUUACAACAAAUUCUCAAGAAGCUCAAGCAAAACAUACGGCUUCGCGUACAGAACAAGAAGCGAAAGGUCAUUUAGAAAGACAAAAGAUUGCUGAUGAAGCUGAAGCCGAAAGAGAACGUCGAAAACUAUUACAACUGCAAGCUGAGUCGUCAGCCGUUGAAUCAACUGGUCAAGCUAAAGCUGAAGCUCAAUCGCGCGCAGAAGCUGCUAAAAUUGAGGGUUCAGCUGCUGUUGAUCAAGCUAAACUUCGUGCCGAAGCAACAAAAAUUGAAUCCGAUAGUGAACUUCAACGUUUAACACAAGCACGAGAACUUGAAUUAGCAUAUGCAAAAUUAUCAGCUGAUUUAGAAAUUGAAAAAACGAAACGAUUAGCUGAUAUUGAAAUUCAAGAAUUUAAAGAACACAUCAAUUCUAUUGGAUCAAAAACAAUCCAAGCUAUUGCUACUAGCGGACCCGAUAAUCAAGUUAAACUUCUUCAAGCUCUUGGCAUCAAAUCUACAUUGAUUACUGACGGACGUAGUCCAAUCAAUCUUUUCAAUACAGCUGUUGAUUUGGUCGGAGCAGGAGCCCCACAACAACAUUGA